AAACAUCGUAGACGCACUUCGCGUACUCAAUUCAAGACACUAGAAAAAGCAUUUGUGGAAAAUCCAAAACCCAAUGGAAAACAGAGACAAAAACUGGCUGAGAACCUAUCCAUGUCUCCUCGCGGCGUUCAAGUCUGGUUCCAAAACAGACGAGCAAAAGCAAAACAA